CUUAUGUUCUACUUGAAGCAAUUUCAUCAUGCAUUAGCAAUUGUUGAAAGACUCUUUAAUACUAUAUUUUACUUAGAUUCAAAAUUAGGUUUGCAGAUAUGUCUCUUGUUGAUUGAGUUAUACAUAUCUACAUUUUAUCCUGAAAAUGCCUUAAAAAUUAUAUAUUUUACUGAUAUUCUUAUGUUUGGCGUUAAUCAUGAGAAUGACAAUACACAAAAUGAUGAAACAAAAAGAGAUACAUAUUAUGAAUGUUUUAAACCAAAUUCUUGGAAGGAUAAUGAAUUCAAUAUUAAAAUAAUAUUAUUUGAAAAUGGAAUUUCUUUAAACCAUAAAUUUGAUGAUGCUUACCAUGGAAUUGUUUCUUCUAAAUAUAAAUCAAUGUAUAAAUCAACUCUAGCUCAAUACAGAAUUAAAUGCCAUAUAAUGCUGAAAAACAUGAGACAAUGUAAAAAGGAGGUCAAGAAUUUAGCCAAUUUAUAUGCAAAUGGUGUUACCUCCAUUCCUAGAGGUCCUAACCUACCUAAUGCUGCCUAUUUCAAAUCUGAAAAUGAAUAUAUGAAGGGCAAUUAUCGAAAAUCUUUAAAAAUUUUGAAUCUCUCAAAUAACUCUAGUUUCAAUUCUAAUCCAGCUGAGAGUAAUCAAGAAAUUUUUAAUGGUUUUAAUGUGGAAAUUAUAUUAGUGAAUAAGUUCCUGUCUUCUUGUUAUUACAAUGACUUAGCCUCCAACCACUUAUCACUCAAUAAACCUCAUCUCAGUGUAUUUUAUUGCCGGAAAGCUUUGCAAGAAAAUGAAGACCUUAUAGGGGAAUUUCCAGAGUUUGAUAAUAAUAUGAAUUUAACUAAUACAAGUGGUUUGGGAAACCAAUCUAAUAUUUAUGGGCCCAAGAUGCACAAUGCUGACCAUCAAUCCCCGUCCCAUACGACAAACUCUUAUCGUUCGCUCAACACAGGUAAGAGUUUACCCCUUUUCAUCUACGACAAAAGACACGAACUAUUACACAACUUGGGCAUUCACUUGCUUCACGCUAAAAAACCUCUGCCGGCCUUCGAUUGUUUAAUCGAAAUAAUACAAGUAUAUCACUGCAACCCCAGGAUUUGGCUUCGAUUAUCAGAGUGUUGCAUAGUGGCCAGCAAAGGGGGUAACGAAGAAAAUUUUAGUCUCAAACGUAAACUUCAAUCAGCCGUUCAGCAUAUCAUGGGCUUUGGUAUACACCGAAAGACUAUACUAAUACCAUCACACCCUUUAAAGUCAGAUAGCCAUCAAUCAUCAGCAAUGCCUAUGGCCACUCUUGAAUUUGCUUCUUUAUGUCUCAAAAAUGCACAAUUAUUGAUCGAACAAAUGUCCGAAAAUUAUGAUGUCAAUCAACUAGGAGAACGUUUAUUCAACAUGGCGCCAUCUAAUCCCAUUAAUGAGGACGAAGUUCACGUUUUGAAAUGUUCUAUUCUUGCUGCUUCCGCUUACGUUCAACUCUCUCUUGGUGACUACUAUUCAGCUUUAGAGCACUCAAAUUCCUUGAUUAAAAUCCUACAAGCAAAAGGCGGUUCUGUUGUUUUGAGCUACUUAGCCAUGCUUUACGCAUCUGAAAGCUUGAUACUUAAGGAUAAUUUGAGACUAGCUUUACCUCAUUUGGAAUUCGAAGCGGUAUAUCUUACACCCUGUAUAAGGCGAUUCGAGGAAUAUUUACAUAAAAUGCAAAUAAAGACUAAUAAGGAUAACCAGCCUCUUAACAAUGCUGUUGAUGAUACUAAGCCUCAGCAAGAACGGCUUGUAAAGUGGAGCCUUCUGCCUAUCUUGUUCAAAAAUCUCAAAAACUGUCGAUCUAGAACUAAUUCUGCUAAUGGCGAUAAGAUGAAUCUGUCGGCAGAUGAUAGUGGGGACGGUCACAUGAGUAGUAUUAAAGGUUUAGACACCCUUCUACCAUUGAUCUCUCCUUUUAAUUGGACGCCCCAUGAUACUACUUCCGCAAAACUCGUGAUGCAUUACAAUUUAUGUGUGUGCUAUGCUUUGUUGGGUGAAUUUGAGAAGGCUUCCCAUAUGCUUAGAAACAAUAUUCCCUUUAAAUCCCCCAACGACCUUCCUUCACAAUUUAUAGCACUGGCCCUAUAUUUGGCUAUCAAACAAGGCCAUUUGGACAUAGCAAGAAUGAUUAUACUCCAGAAUUUUUCUCAAAUACAAUAUUAGACCUUUUUGAUUUAUAUAUUCUGUUAUUAUAUAUAUAGAACUAUUUAUAUUUUAUGCCUUGUAAAUUUGUCUAAUAAAAUUAUCUAUAUGCAAAUUUUACCUAUAUUACCCUCUCUUAGAUAUGUGCGUUGAGAUAUAAAUAGGCGGCGGUAGUUUAUUUUCAUCGGCAUACGCACCGAAUCCGAGGCGUCUAAUGAGUAGCGUGGCGACCCAUUUUAAUAAAUGAAAUUAAUUUUCAUCAUUGAUAUUUUCAGCGCCCAACUAUAUAAUAUUUUUUUUCAUUCUUCGUAAAUAGAUUUACCAU